AUGAUGAGGAAAGACGACCGUUCGAGGCCAAAGCAGCCUCAGUCAAGGAUGCAGAGCCGGAAGCUGCUGUCCAAGCGGGAGUCCCAGGCCGCCAACGCCGCAUUUGGCUGCAUGAUCGGCGCUGAGGGCUCUUACGAUGUGUUUCUGGACGCGGAUGCCAUUGGCGCGGACUUGCGCCGCCAGGCCACUCCUGAUAUGCGUGACCGCCAUCGUGCCAACGUCAAGCUCUUCAAGGCCGACGGCACCGAGCUGGACCUGGAUGGUAAGGUGCCACUUGAUGCAGGCAGCAGCUCGAAGAGCCCAGUCCGCAUUGAGGGCGCGUCCUCUACGUCAUCCAGAGUCCAGGUUGAAAGCACCUUGAAAGACAUGGCGUUGAUGCUGAAAGCAGCGGUGGGGGAAGCAUUGGCUACUGACCUGACGGUCUCGAGGACCGAUCUGUGGAACGAGGCGUAUGGGCAAGAUCCCCAAGAGCCAGAAACUGGCACACCGCACGAGGAGCUGCUGGACUGUUUAGAUAUCUUUGAAGCGAAGAUGGUGAUCAAAGACGAUGGCCGUGGUCAGCUGUAUGAAUAUCUUUGCCGUCUUCCUUCUGAGCAUUCAAAGGGCAUGGUAUUUGACAAGAAAGGCUUCGAGCUUAUCCACGUAGCUGGGCAAGAGAGCACCCGCAAAGCACUCUUACAAAGGAUUUAUGGGGCUUGGUCCGACACUGGAGCGAAAGAGGUGCUACGCGAUUUUUUUCUCAGCACUCUCCGUGGGAACGAUUGUUGCGGGAAUCUCUGCGACAGGCUUGCGCUGUUCCUGUUCGUUUCCUUGGCAGAGGAGCAUUCGGACGUGUCUUGGAAGCUGAACGAAAGGGUCGAAGUCAUGAAGAAGGCCUACGACAAGGGCUGCCCAGUCGUGUCUCCUUUAUCAAAUUGUAUUGAGGUUGUAGAUAAAGGCAAGCUCUUGGGAUGGUUCCACAUCCUCAGUGAAGUUGGUGCCCCGGUACCAGUGGACAUCGCCCAAGCGAGGUGGCGAGAUUUGGUCGAAGCCUUGCGCCAACUACACCGAAACGGUUUCGUGCAUGGAGACCCACGCCUGGCAAAUGUAGUUCUGCUCGGAGCAGACUUUAGGUGGAUCGAUUUCCUGGGACAGCCAGUAUUCAGUCAGGCUUCUCAGAAGGCGGACAUUCGGACCCUCAUGGCUGAUUUGGCUGGCCGAGACAAGCCGGUUCAGUUCGGCAUGGAGUUUGACGGAUGGCCAGCCACAAGAACCUUCAUCGACUUCUCCUGGUCUUCUCUUCUGCUAGGGGUUGGCAUAGGGGUCUUGCUUCUGCCGGCCCUCGAGACUCUUUGGCUGCUGCGAGCAGCCCUGCAUCGGAUCGGCCUCAACCUCUUCUACCGGAUAUCCCGCCUCUGCCCAGAUCCCAACGAGACGCAGCCUGCCGCGAAAUCGGGCUCCAAGUUUUGGUUGGUGCUGCGAUCUUACGAAGGGGAGGACUUCGACCCUCCGCGGGCUUACCAGAGCUUCGCCCCGGUCAAGGAGAUCACCAAGAGAGGCCCCCGUGUGGUGCUGAUGGCGACCACAGCGGAGGAACACGUGGGAGAAGAGGAGGAGCCGGCAGCCUUGCCGGAGGAUGGUGGAGGCCUCAGGGAUUAUGUUCUGAUGACGCCCGAGGGGCCCGACCUGGAGUAUGUGGUGGGUCUCCUUUCUUUCCCUGCGGACGAAGCUGGGACGCGAAGUACCUGCGAGAUCGUCGCGCUGACCGAGCAGGACAAGAAGAUGUUGGUGGCCGUGCCCGGACGCGUGUGGCACAAAAGGCCACCAAAGAGGCUGUUGCCUCGUUCAGCGCUUGUGAAGGCGACGGCCCUCGAGGUUGGUGCCACGGGUGCCGACGAUCGCUACUCGGACGUGGCAGUCGGGGACGUCAAGCUCUGGGUGGGUUAUUUGGACCCAAAGCUAGAGGCCGACGUCGACUACUUGAGUACCGGAGCCGACCAUCCUUUUGGGCAAGACGAUCGGGGCCUGCCACUGGUGCCUCACGGGCAAGGCCUCGCCAAUGCGAUCAGCGAUGUGUUCACCUUCCACUCCGCUGCCGAAGGUCCUCCGGCCGACCACGUUGGGUCACAGAUGGCGGAUCGGGUGGCCACAUUGGAGGACGCCCUCGGCAAGAUUGCGGCGGGCUUCAAGGUGAUCAUGGAGCGGGAGGCUGGGGAGCAAGGGCGUGGAUUGGCGCCGCCUACUGGGCCGAGCGCGCUGAAAGCUCGAGCGAAGCGCAAAGCCGAACCUGCCGGAGCAGACCCGGCGCCUCGGCCGUCACCGGGCGAUCUCAACCUUGUGAACCUCGACCCCGGGGUGGCUCAGGCGGCUCACGACGCCGGCGUUUCGAGGGCCGCCCUGGCCGAGAUGGAUCGUCUGGUUGGAAACGCCCCGCGGGGACCAGCCGCCGGGCGAAGAGGGGUACAGCCGCCUCCUGCCCGACAGCCUUUGGGGCUUUCGGAGUCAGAAGACGACGGUGUGCCCGGGGCAGUCGCCCCGGUGGAUCCAGCCCAAGGGGACGAGGAGAAUGGGGACAAGCUCGGGACGGUGCUCAAUCGGCUGACCCAAGUUGUGGAAAGCCUCGCCCAGGACAAAGUGAAGAAGGCAGCCGGGGCCUCCAAUCUGGAUGCGCUGUUGGACGGCGGCUCCGGAAUGUCAAGUGGAUCUCUGGAAAGUGGCGCCGUGCCCAGACGGAACGCGGCCGCCAGGAGGGCUUUGAGACAGGCCCUUACCGAGAACCCAGCUCUGAUCUCGCGAGUGAUCGAGGGUCACAUGACCGAGGACUUGAUGGGCAUGAACCAGCCCAACGUUCCUACGAGGUCGUCGGCCCGAGCAUGGCUGGAGUAUCGGUCCAGGAUCGGGCCUUACAACACGCUGGCCAAGGCAGCUUGGGCGGCGGCUGGAGCGCUAGACGCCAUCCGUCAUCAGCGCUAUGCGGAGACGGAAGCGAGGCUCAACGUGCUGUUGCUGAUGCUGGACCAGGUCGGAGUGGACAAGGGCGCAUGGAGCUUUGCCAACGAGCUGUCAUUGGAACCCCCGGUUCCUAUGCACAGCUUUCGACAGCACGACGUGCGCGACACCGAACAAGUGUAUUCGCGCUUGCUGGACCCGCGCUGGGCGGAACUGGCGCUGGGCCACUUGAAAGACCAGCUCGACUUCGCCGAAAAACGGGACAAGCUGGGUCGACAGAAGGCUUAUGCCCCCCCGACCGAGGACAACGACGAGGAGACCGACAAGCCGUACAAAGGCCCCUUUUCCCAAUUUCUCCGCAGCCAGAUUUCUGCCGGCAACCAUCCGGCACCUACGUCUUCGACUUGGCCCAUGCCCCUGCCUUACCCUGCUGUUUUCCAACCAGGUGCCGUGCAGAAGGGAGCUUGGAAACGCGAGCGGAUCAACUUAAUUGUUGCUUUGCUUAAUUGGUUUAACUUGGGUUUCCCUAGCACCGCCCCAGCAGAGAUAAUGGCGAAUGUUCGUUUGACGGCCAGACAGCGCCGUGCACUCUGGACUCUUGAGCGCCUCGUCGAAGAUCGCACUACGUUUUUCAAGCUCGAUGCCUCCCUGAUGGGCCGGUCUGCCGUGAAAGCCGAGGACCAACACCGAACCCUCGCGGCCCUCAGCAGAGCUAUGAGCAGUUUUGAGAGCACCAACGGUUACUUUGCAACUCGCGCGCCUGCGUGCGCGCAUAGCUUGGAUGAAGAAAGGGCGAAAGGAGAUGAUGUGAGUGCCGCACCGCGGCUGGAUUUCGGGAAGGUGUGCGGAAAGCUGAAGCAAGCUCCUCCGUGCACCGCCAAGCCCAUCCGGGCAGAAAGGUUGAAGUUCCCUCCGCCUCCUUCGUUUUCCCCGUACGGCUACCUUGAUGAGGAGACUUAUGCCCGGUUUGAGCGGCCACUGGACUUUGAGCUGCCACUCGUGCCGCCACCUCCCCUGCCUAAGGUGAAGAUUCUUGCCGAGCCACGACAACGGCUAGCUUUGUAUAAGUUGCUGGCAGGUUGCGGCCGGUUGUCGCCGGUGCGGGUUCCUCCUGAGAGGGUCCCUUUUGCAGCAGGCAUGUUCGCCGUGCCGAAGGACCUCGAGCGAGAUCGCUUGGUGCUGGACGCCCGCCCUACGAACACCUUAGGCGGAUGCCCUGGCUACUGGGCCGCAACGAUGGCCUCUGCUUCGGCUCUCCUUGGGGUGGUAAUCCCGCGAGCAGAGUUUGCGGCCCGGGAUGUGUUCGGGCGAGACUGCCAGGAGUUCGCCGAUGAAAAGGGUCGCGUUACGGUCGCACUGGCGACCUUAGCGAUGGGAGAUGCCAGCGCCGUGGAAUUCGCUCAGGGUUCACAUGUUGGUGUGUUGUACCGUCAUGGUGUUCUUCGCGAGGAGGAGAUGCUUUUGCCCAACUUUCCGCCGCCGCGCGGCUUGAUGUCGAUCGGCGUCGUCUUGGACGACUUGCUCAUCUUGGAGAAGGUCGCCUCGCAGGUCGCCGCCCCGGCCGACGCCCGACGCGGAGCAAAGAGACUUGAGAGCGCCCACGCGGCGUACGCAGCCGCUGGGUUGCUGGCGCACCCCGAAAAGGGGCACCGCGAUGCUGAGGAGGCCACGUUCUGGGGUGUUAAACUGCACGGGACCGAUGGUCUCCUGAGAGCCAGCCCUUCGCGAUUGGGACCCCUGAUGCUGAUCACUUCUCGGGUUUGUUGCCUGGGCUUAUGCAGCAACUCCUUGCUCCAGUCGCUGGUCGGGUCUUGGACUUCGGUUUUUCUUCUGCGAAGGAGAACCCUUGCGGCCCUCCAGGUUUGCUUCGAAGCUUUGACCCACACCGAAGAGCAUGACAUCAUACGGUUGUCAGCUGGCCUUCGUGACGAGAUGUGGUCCUGGGUCUUGCUCGGGCAGCUCUGCGUGGUGGACUUGCGUGCUCAAGUGCUUGAGAGUAUCUUCGCCACUGAUGCCUCGGCUUAUUUAAUCGCAGCCGUUCAGGCAGACCUCCCAGCCCUCUCGGCCCGCGAGUUCUACCGGCACUCCUUACAGCGUGGUGCGUGGGCUCGCUUACUUUCGGAGCCACAGGCUUGGCUGAAAGCGAAAAGCCUUCUCGAACCCGAGGACGAAUUGCCCGGCGAUGACGUGUACACGCCGCACCCUGUCUGGCGGCUUCUCGCGACGGGCUUGAAAUAUCGGCAGCUCUUUGUCGCCAAAGCCAGAGUCUCUACACACAUCAAUCUAAAGGAGCUGGCAGGGUUUCUACGGCUGGAGGAGCGGAUAGGGAACCGCAUGUGUGGUGUGCGCUUUUUGUGCGGCCUCGAUUCGCAGGUCGCCCUUGGGGCCUUGGUUAAAGGCCGUGCCUCAUCUCCUGCCAUCAACAAGCUCCUCCGCAGGUCGCUUGCGUUCCACCUCGGGUGCAACCUGCAGGCCGGCCUGGGUUAUUUCAGAUCCUCUGAGAAUGCGGCCGACGACCCUACGCGAUCGGUCCCGCUUAGAGAACCGACCGCUCAGCUGCCGGGCUGGUGGUGGGACUUAGCUGCUGGCGAGUCUGGGAGUUUUCAGAGGUGGCUGGACGAGCAGCCUGAGCUGGUGCCAUGUGAUGGCAAGUUUCGUCCGGAGGUGCUGUCUGAGAAAUUCCCCUUCCGGCCCAAAGCCACCGAGUCAACCACGGCUGAUCGCAGCCCUGAGGUACGACUGAGGUUUGAAGGUGUUAACGGCCUUCAGAAGCGGAAGGCUAAGCGGCGGGCUCGCCUUGGUGCCGAGCUCGAUGUGACCAAAGUGCCGCGAACUCUCCCGCCUGGCAGCGGUGCCUCCCGGGGCGGCCUCCUCACUGUCCUUCCUAGGCAUUGGUUCUUGCCUCCAGGCGGUGUGCUCGACUUCCACCGUCCUGGCUGCCUUCACCUGUCGGCCAAAAACCAUGGACUGCCGCGUCGCCUUCUUCAAGCCGGUUUUCCGUGGGUGUUGGCGCCUCCGUUGGACGUGCUGAACCCUACUGCCUGGACUUGGCUGCAACUCGCUGUGCGACUUGGGGGCUUCGUUGUCUUUGGAGCCUCGCCUCUCUCCGGCUCUUUCUCUUGUGCUGUUACCCCGGCCUGCCGUUCACACCGUUGGCCUGCUGGACUACCGGGCUUGCCGGGAGCCGCGCAAAGGAAGGUUGAGAACGAGAACUUCUUUGUCAGUAAACUUGCUGUGCUGCUGCAGGACUACGAGCGUGUCGGACACGGCUUGUUUUGGGUCGAACACCCCGACAGCUCUUUGCUGUGGGAGCUUCCUGAGUGGAGCCGCUUUGGAACUCACUCUUCCGAGGUCCUGCGCUUCGACUCCUGCAGAUACGGAACCCCGUGGCGCCACAGGAUCCGCAUAGCUACGAACACUGAGAUGAGGGGAGGUCGGGUCUUUUGCAGUUGCCAGAGCAAACACAGGAGAUUGCGAGGGCGCUCGGCCGCCCAUGGACUUUCUUGGACUGCCGUUGCUGCUGAGCGUCCGGCGCGAGCCACACGUGAGCUGGCCGCCGCCCUCUGCCGAUUGGACUUGGAGGCGCAGCCGCUGCUUUCAGGGAUCUCCAGGGCUUUGGGGGAUAGGGCUUGGUCGUCGUUCCUGGUCUGGCUCUCCUCCUCUGUCUCUUUUCUCCCCUCUGAAGUCUUUAGCCGCUCGCCCGCGCUGCUCGCCAUGGCUCUGAGAGCUUACGGGAACUGGCUGUACAAGACCGGUGGCACCCUCCACGAGCUGAGGCAUACGAUUCUGGCUGCGCAAAGGGCGUAUCUCAACUUGAAGCCUUACGCAAAUGUGGUGUGGGAACUGGUGAGCAGAUGGGAGCACCUCGAGCCUCCUGCUCACAGGGUGCCGAUCCCACUGCCCAUUCUGCAGGCGCUCGUGGCCCUCUCGUGGUUUUCAGGGAAUCAAGCUUUCGCAGCGAUCACUCUGCUGGCAUAUUAUGGAAUGGGAAGGAUAGGGGAAGUUCUGGCAACUACCAGGAGUGACCUACUCCUUCCUGCUGACGACUUCUGGGGACAGUGUGACCACGCUUACAUUCGGCUGGGAUCUUCGAAAACGUCGACGCGAGGGCGAGGCAGAGUGCAGCACUUGAAGGUUGACGAUUUGCAGGCGGUUGCUUGCAUAAGCCGAGCCUUCUCUGCCCUGCCGAAAGCUGCGAGACUUUUUCCUUUGACCCCUUCUGCCUACAGGUACAGAUGGAACAAGUUCCUAGGGUUGCUGGCUGUUGACCCUCAGCUUCGGCUCACCCCAGGAGGGCUCCGCGGAGGAGGCGCCGUGUGGGCGUACCGAAAUGGGAUGCCUAUAGCAGACAUCCAGUGGAGGAUGAGACUGAAGCACCAAGCUACGUUGGAGUAUUAUCUGCAAGAGGUCGGAGCCAUCACGGCAUUGGCUUCUCUGGAUGAUGCUUCGACUCGCAUGCAAGGUUCAAGCUGCCUCGGCAUUGUACCCGUACAUAGCCGGAGCAACCACUGA